AUGUCUCAUAUCGAAUUUAUCUCGAAUCCAAAUCGCGACCUCGCAAGCGUCCAGCAAAAUGGUAAACCGUACUGCAUAUCGGCAACCGAGUACUCGACAUCGUGGUCAUGCCAAUGGACCGAUCCCGAGUUUGGCGUCUUGAACGAAAUGGAUUUGGAGCUGCUUAAGCAUGUGAAUUGCUCGUACCUUUCUUCGGGCAAACCUCCAACGAUGCUGGCAUUGAAACAACACGCACAGUCUCUUACGAAUCUCAUCAGGAAACUCUGCGUCAGCAAUACAUUUGGAAUAGUCAAUGGAAAAGGAGAGCGGCGCCCAGUUUUUGAGAAGAACGAGGCCUUUGACUGGCUGAAUAAUCUUGACGAACCAUACACAAACGACGACGAAUUUCACCAUAUACCACUGUGCGUGCUGGCGAAUCACGUUAAAAAUGAAGGUGAAGAGACUGGCAUCGAAUGCCACUGCCCCCUCGAAGCUGCGCGCAACUGGGGACCCCUAGAGCCUGGCGAGAAGGCACCCCGACCAUAUUUUACGCAUCAAAACUUGGUCAUGCAUGUAAACGAAUGCCUCGAAAUACUGGAUCAUGAAUACAGUGCAACAGGAGGCCUCAUGUCAUUGCUUCCGUCUGGAAAUGGAGUUGACGGCGAGCAGAUGUCGGCUGCAAGGAACACUCUGCUAGGACAGCUGCUUCUCCAUCAACAGCACAUGGUUGCGCGGAUGCACGAGCUCGAAAUCCAUUACGCAAAAGCUCUCGAUACUGUAAGUGGUGAAGCUGUUGUGCCCAUGCAGCUCCUUCAGCGCUCGGGAGCGGAUGAAAGAAGUGAGCUAGUCCAUCAGCAGGGCCGGUUUAUCCUUGCUAAUGCGGGAGACGACGUCUUUGAAGUUGUGCACCGCCUGAUGGACAAAGAGGAGACCGAGAUGCAAAGCAAGGAACGGGUGUGGUGGGAGUCUGGAGUCAGCGGCGAGCGACUCUGGUCGGAAACCCUGGGUGGUGAAUGGAAAUCCCGUGGCCUCGUAUCUGUCGAUUUGAUGACGCGGUUCAUUCGGCUCAAGGGCCAAGGAGGGAGGUCAACCAUCUUUAUAAUGCCAGCUAUUGAGCAUCAUCCCGGCACGGCAGAAACGCGCAAGAUGGAGAACCGCCCAACGGUGGUAUCCGUGGUGGCGCCGUCUUGGCCGGAACGAGCAUCACAUCUGGAGGAGCGUGUUAAUGCUCAUAUUAAAAGGGUAAAGGAGUUGGAAGAUGAAACCCAGGUACUCGAGCGAGACAAGAUGGUGCUGGAUGCCAGCUUGACUAUUGCGCUGUCGGAUCUGAACAAGACAAAGGAGGACAUCAGGUUCUAUGAGGGAACAUCUGACGGGGCAGCGAUUAGCGAGAUUCUUAGCGAGAAUGAAGCGAUGAAGCGCCAGAUGACGAGGCUGAGAGAGUCGCUGCCGAGGACGUAUCACCACCUGCUGCGGGACGAAGACUGA